AGAGCUUUAUUCAGUCAACAUAACCCUGUUUUUCGCUGUCAAGAAACGAAAAUGAACAAUUUAAAAGAUUUUGAAAAUUUAUGUAAAUUUCUUAAUUCUGUGAGGGAAGCCGAUAAACCAAACAACAAAACUUCGAUUAUAAAAGAUUAUUUUGACCAAUGGAGGGAAUGUCAGCCAAAAGAAGCUAUGUUCUCAUUGCUAAGAUUAAUAGUACCAAAACUAGAUCGAGCAAGAGAAUCUUACGGUUUGAAAGAGGCAAAAAUUGCAAGAAUUUUAAUAAAAAUGUUAGCAUUACCUACCGGACAUGAUAGGAACGUUCUUAGCAAAUCAUAUUUAAUGUCCGGCCAGGCCAGUGACUUUGGUGAUGUAGUUUACUCAGUAAUUCGCAAAUAUUUGGCAAAUAAAAAAACAGUACUGACAAUUGACGAACUUAAUCUGAGUCUCGACAGUAUAGCGAAUAGAAAUAAUGAAUCUGAAGCCGAGGAUGUUUUAAUAAAGUUAUUUAAAAAAUGUGCUUGCGAAGACUCGAGGUGGAUAAUUCGUAUUAUUUUGAAAGAUCUAAAGUUGGGUAUUUCUGAAACUAGAAUACUAAACUGUUAUCACCAUGAUGCAGCACAGUUUUAUUCAAGUAAUCACAGUUUGGAGAAGGUCACACAUGUUUUAUAUGACAAGAAUAUAAACAUUUGUGAAUUAGAUAUAGCCAUAUUUGAGGCUUUUAGACCGAUGUUAUCUAAAAGAGUCAAUCAUUCAUCUUUUAAGAAAGAUUUUCAGGAAAACAAGCUGUAUUAUGUUGAAAAUAAAUUUGAUGGUGAAAGGUUUCAGAUUCACAUGGACAAUAAGAUUUUUAAAUAUUUCUCAAGAAAUGGAUAUGAUUAUACUGAUACUUUUGGACCAUCUUAUGAAAGUGGUAUUCUGACGCCUAAAUUUAAAAACCUUUUUAAAGAAUCCACAAAUAACAUUAUACUAGAUGGAGAAAUGAUGUUGUGGAAUACAAUAACAAAAAAAUAUGGUUCAAAAGGCAUGGAAUUUGACGUAAAGAGACUCAAAGAAAGUGGCAAACUUCAGCCAUGUUAUUGCGUAUACGACAUUAUACUUCUGAAUAACAGAGUCCUUACUGGGAAACCUUUGAGGGAACGAGUUGCGCUUCUAAGGCAAAUUUUUACAAAAACUAUUCCCGGAAUUGUUGUUUUGAGCGAAAUAACAGAAGUUCAUAGCUGCCAAGAAAUUGUCGAUGAACUAAACAGUGCUGUAGCAAGAGAAGAUGAGGGAAUAGUGGUAAAAGAUCCAGAAUCGUUUUAUAAGUAUGGCGAUAGAAACAGUGGAUGGUUUAAAAUAAAACUGGAGUAUUUUCAGGAUACCAUGACUGACCUUGAUUUAAUAUUAAUGGGCGCUCAGUACGCAUCCUCGACUUCGGACGAACUAAACUCAUUUGUUGUCGGGAUCAGAUCUGGCAACACUGAAAAUGGGGAUCCGAUUUAUUUGUCGUUUGGUAAAGUAGCAAUCGGUUUAAAUUACGACCAACUGGACAUGUUGAACAAAAGAAUCAAAGAGUUAGGCCGACAAUACAAAAACGACAAAAAACCAUACUUGCUCUUUGGCAAAGAAAUACCGAAUUACUAUAUCGAACCAAAAGAUUCAUUAAUCUUCGUUGUGCGCGCCACAGAAUUGAUUAAAAACACCGAUAAUUCUUACAGAACGCAAUACACGUUUAGGUUUCCGAGAAUCGUAAGAAUAAGGGAAGAUAAACCUGUCUCUGAGUGUUUAAACAUCAACGAAUUGAUGGAGUUAACACAGAGAAAUAAUAGUGUUAUAAAACUAAACAAAAGCAGACUAGAACUGGAUGAAUUGAUAAAAGUAAAGAGAAGAAAUACUAAAAAGAAAGAAAUAUUUGUUCCAGUUAUCGGCGACACUAGGCAAGUUUCUGAUAUACUGGAAGACUUAAAAAUUUAUGUACUUAAUGGAAACGAGGAAAAAUCUAAAGAUGAUCUAGAAAUACUCGUUUCGAGAGCGGGAGGGACUAUUUGUUAUAAAAUUGACGCGACUGUUGACAUAGUCCUUGUUGGUACAAUCAACGAUAAGGUAAAAGAACUUUUCACAAAAAGAAACAAUUAUGAUGUUAUCAAUGUAAAAUGGCUGUAUAGAACUCUCGCUGACGGGAAUGUGUUAGGCUACGAAACAUUAGAAAUAUAUUGUCUAGGGACAAAUCCGAAAAACUGUCUGUCAGAUGAAGUAGACAGGUAUGGCGAUAGUUAUACUGAAGAAGCUACUAUCGAAACGUUGAAACACAGUUUUGACGUUAUGGGUAAUCUACAGGAAGUUCCUAGUUUUGGGGGGUUAAUUGAAGUACCUGGAUCAAAAACUUUUGAUAUGUAUAAAGCUUAUUUUGAUAAAUUUACAGAAAUAAACAAUGUGUCGUCUGACAUUAUUUAUGAUUCGUUUUUUGACGAGUUAGAGUUCAAGUAUUAUAAUGGGGACGUUUGUCAAACAGUCGGUAAUGAAACAAAUAUAAUAGUAUUUUACGAAAAUGAAAGAAUAGCAGUUAUAAACAAUUUUCUUAGCAGUAUUGAUAGGUUAGAUAUAGAAGUAAAAAGUCGAGAAUUUAUAUAUAAUAAAUGAGUAACCAAUAAUAAUAAACAAAUAAGUAAUUCUAAUGUUAUUAUUAGUACCAAAAUGUCACCAAAUAAUUAUAUUGAAAAUAAAAUAAUUUUAAAUUUAACUAGAAUAGAUUAAAGUUAACUAAAACUUAUCUUUUGCAAAACAGUAUUAGAAUUCUUAUAGAAUUUCUUAUACAUUAUAGGUAUUAAAUACUAUAGGUAAUAUAUUUUUAAUGUAUACAUUUUAGGAAGUCGCAUUAUAUUAAAUGAUAAUGAUAUAUCAUCUCCAAAUUAUAA